ACCUGGGUCGGUAAUACUUGCGAAUUAUCGUAAUCUAUGUCUUAAUUAUAUUUAAAAUCUGUAACUAAAUUAUACAUAUAAUUAUAAAACGCAAGUAUUACCGGGCGAAUGGCUGCAUAUUUCUAUAUUUUUAUAAUAUCUCUCGUUUGUCUAAGUUCAAUUAAACGUUAAAUUGAUUACAUUUUAAAUUAUUAGUCAUAUUUCCACAGACAAAUAAAUUUGAAUAUAACAAAUUACUAUUUUUAAUAGUAUAUUUGUUUAAAUAUUACAUAGUUCAGAAUGUACGUUAAAUAUAAAGUAAUUUUACUUUAAUAUUUCAAGAUAAUUAAAUUUUGAAUGCGAAUUCGUUCUUCAACAUAAACGAACUUCAUCAUCUUAGUGCGAAUUUUUAUUUUAAACAUUUGUUAAAUAAUUUCUACAAUUCUUUCUUAUGGUAACAAUUUAAUGAUCUUUUUUUUUUAUUUUUUUGUUUUAGAAUAUCAAUGGAAUUGCGUGCGAAUCGAGAUAAAUAGAUCUCGUAGUACUAUCAAUUUUUCACGCUUUUCUCCAAAAGGCAUUGAACGUGAUUGAGAUUUUAUUUGAUUUUAAAUUUUAGUUUGAUUCAUUUGAUUUUAAUUAAGUAAAUGUUAAGUAUAUUUUAUUUAUUAUCCUUUAUGCAUUUAUAUUAUGAAAUAAAUGUUUAGUAUCGUAUUUAUCACAGGUUACUACACAUGCACACUAUCAUUAAAGAAAGAUAUAAAUGUGAGAGAAUUAGAAGUAUGUGUUUACACCCUACUAGUAUUAUCUAUUCUAACUCAAAUUAACUUGAUCGUUAUAUUAUGUGCACAACGGGAUAUAAGCUGAUCAAUUUAUAAAUUGAUGUAAUAGGCAAUACGAAUUUUCGAAUGAAAAAUGUCAGAUGCUUUUGAAGAAAUACAAGCAAUUAAAAUCAAAAGGAACAGUUUGCGUGAAAAAUUGCAAAAACGGAAAAGAGAGAGACAUGAAUUAUUUACUCUUACUUCCUCCAUACCAUCUACCUCAACCGCUGAUUCACCUCUUCCUGGUGAUUCCAAUACAUCUUUAAUAAAAUCUGACCAUAAUGAAUAUGAAAGGGAUAUUCUUUGUAUAUUGCACGAAUCUUUACCAAAUCUGCCAAUUACAUCUGCAGAAAUAAUAGAUCAACUUCGUAAAAAUCUUAAUGCUGAUGUGUCUUCCUCGGAUAUUCAUAAAAUUUUAGAGAAGUUAGCUGCACAAGAUAUUAUUAAAAUUAAAGAAGUCACAGAAAAUGAAGUUUUUGGAUAUACAGUUCUCUCUGUCGCAGAAUCACAAUCAUCAUGUCUCUCUCAAUCUGAUGAUACAGAAAAUCCCGAGAGUGCAGAGACAUCCGCAUCUGAAUUAAAUGAUUAUAUACCUUCAGAGAAACAGAUGAAAAUAGAUAAAAAAAAUACAGAAGAUAUAAUGUCACUAAUCUCAAUGCCCACAAUAAGAGAAAAAGAAAGUAAAAAAGUAGGAGAGCAAAUCUUGGAUCUUCUGUCAAAACAAACAUCUAAAGAAAAAUCAUUAGCUGAGCGAUUUCGUUCUCAAGGCGGUGCACAAGUUAUGGAAUUCUGUCCACAUGGAACAAGAGUAGAUUGUGCCAAAUUAAAUGGUGGGCCAGGCUUUGCAGAAAAAUGUAAAAAAUUACAUUUCAAAAAAAUUAUACAAAGUCACACAGAUGAAUCAUUAGGUGAUUGUAGUUUUCUCAAUACUUGUUUUCAUAUGGAUACGUGCAAAUAUGUCCAUUAUGAAGUAGAUGGCCCUACUGCACAAACAAAAGAACCAAAUGAUUCUGAUAGUAUUAACAAUACUACAAUUAAUAAGACAUUAAACGUUGAUAAUAAAAAUGGUAGUAGCACUAGUUGUGCAAGUAGUGUAGGUAGUGAGUUAACUCUUUAUCCACCACAAUGGAUACAAUGUGAUUUACGAUAUCUAGAUAUGACGGUUCUCGGCAAAUUUGCUGUUAUUAUGGCUGAUCCACCAUGGGAUAUUCAUAUGGAAUUACCAUAUGGUACAAUGUCGGAUGAUGAAAUGAGACAAUUAGGAAUACCUGCACUUCAAGAUGAAGGGCUUUUAUUUUUAUGGGUAACAGGAAGAGCAAUGGAAUUAGGUAGAGAAUGUCUUCAAUUAUGGGGUUAUGAAAGAGUUGAUGAAAUUAUUUGGGUAAAAACAAAUCAAUUACAAAGAAUCAUAAGGACUGGAAGAACAGGUCAUUGGUUGAAUCAUGGAAAAGAACAUUGUUUAGUGGGUAUGAAAGGAAAUCCACGUAUUAAUAGAGGAUUAGAUAGUGAUGUUAUUGUAGCAGAAGUUCGUGCAACUAGUCACAAACCAGAUGAAAUUUAUGGUAUCAUUGAACGCAUGAGUCCUGGGACAAGAAAAAUUGAAUUAUUUGGUCGUCCACACAAUGUACAACCUAAUUGGAUCACACUUGGUAAUCAAGUAGAUGGAGUACAUUUGAUUGAUCCACAAUUGAUUAAAGCUUUUAAAAAACGUUAUCCUGAUGGAAAUUCAAUGAAACCUACAAAAUCUUAAAAUCAAUUAUGCAUUCAAAAAUGAACAAUUUCAUAGUUUUCCUUACUACUCUUUACAGAAGUACAAAAAUAUAUAAUUGUACAUAUAUUCUUAUAAAAACAUGUACAUAUCUUAUUCUAUAUUAUUUAUAAUAUAAAAUAGUUUUGAAAUAUUUAUAUAUAUAUAUAUAUAAUAAAGAAAUUU